AUGUCAAGCGUGCUAGACAAGCUUUUCGAAACUACGACUGGAGCUGUAUCUUCGACAACUGGCAAAGUUUUAAAGACCACUGCAGGUGCGGUAGGUAAGGGAGCUGCCUGGACUUGGGAAACUCCUGUUGUAAAGGGAGUGAGAACUACCGUCAAUGCUACAGCCAAUGUACUUGACAAGGCGACGCAACCAAUUCGACAGACAGAGGCAUAUAAGAAUGUCAAGAACGUGAUUGAUGAUGGAAGUAGUUCGAGGUACGGAGGGUGGGUGGAGAAGGAAGAGAGACGGAAAGCAAGAGAAUUACGGGAAUUAGAAGAAGGAACCACUGGCAAAAGCAAGGAGGUUCCUGUAGAAGACCCGAACGCCGGCACAAACGUUACCGUACACAAAGACUCCGCAUACAAGGAGGCCUGGAGAGAUUUCCGUGACUCAAAUAGACUCAUGCAAUCUUUAUUCUCCAUGAAAACCGUCUACAAUGAAUCUGAAAAUCCCUUAAUCUCCACCGCCCGUAGCAUAUCCGACCGAGUCGCCGGAUUCUUCGCCGAAAACGAAACCGCCCAAGUAAUCAAGAAAUUUCGUGAAAUGGAUCCCUCCUUCCAAAUGGAACCUUUCCUUCGCGAAAUGCGCGAAUACAUCCUCCCUGAAGUCCUAGACGCCUACGUGAAAGGCGAUACUGAAACCCUCAAACUCUGGCUCUCAGCAGCUCAAUUCUCCGUCUACGAUGCCCUUUCCAAGCAAUAUACAACCGCUGGUCUCAAAUCCGAUGGUCGCAUUCUCGAUAUCAGACAUGUUGAAGUCCUAUCUGCAAGGAUGUUAGAUAAUGAUAUCCCAGUCUUCAUCAUUACAUGCAGAACACAGGAAGUCCACGUAUAUAGAAACGCGAAGACGAAUCAACUAGCCGCCGGCAUGGAAGAUAAGGUUCAAUUGGUCACCUAUGCAAUUGGUGUUACGAGAGUAGCAGAAGAUGUUAAUAAUCCCGAGACGAGAGGUUGGAGACUCAUUGAGUUGCAGAAGAGCGGAAGAGAUUAUAUAUGA